UCAUCAGAAGCUCACUUUGGAACUGUCGACAGCAGAUUCAUAUAAAGAUGGCAGCAGUAACAAGUAGAGGAAUACCUUUAAGCUCGGUCAGUCCACAGUACCUGCAUGCAAACUCCACUAGCCACACCUGGCCAUUCAGUGCUAUAGCAGAACUGAUCGACAAUGCUUAUGACCCAGAUGUCAGUGCAAAACAACUCUGGAUUGAUAAAUCAGUGAUCAAAGGCCAGGACUGCCUCAUCUUCAUGGAUAAUGGAAAAGGCAUGGACUAUGACAAGAUGCACAAAAUGCUCAGUUUUGGCUUCAGUGAUAAGCAGACAGUAAAUGACCAUGUUCCAGUGGGUCGUUAUGGUAACGGUUUUAAGUCGGGCUCCAUGCGCUUGGGGAAGGAUGCCAUCGUGUUCUCAAAGAAAGCCGACACCAUGUGUGUGGGUUUUCUGUCCCAGACUUACCUCGAGAAGAUAAAAGUACAAACUGUCAUAGUGCCUACUGUCACGUUUACCAACACCGGACAGACUGUCAGUGCUUCACCGGAGCAUGCAGAAGAGUGUCUUCAUGAUAUCCUGACACAUUCUCUGUUUAACACCAAGGAAGAACUGCUGUCUGAGUUCAGUGUCAUUGACGGGUUGUGCACCAACUCAAGUGGAACCCGCAUCAUCAUCUGGAACCUACGCAGAACACCUUCAGGAGAAUUAGAAUUUGAUUUCACGAAGAACCGUUACGACAUCCGGAUCCCUGUUGAUGUGUACGGGAGAACCGGGGAGAUAAACAAGCGGCAGGCAGCAGGUGGCGUGUCAGUGCCUGAGAGUGAAUAUUCACUGCGGGCAUACUGCAGUAUCCUGUACCUGAAGCCAAGAAUGCAAAUUAUCAUUCAAGGGAAGAAGGUGGAAACUGUGUUGGUCACUAAAACUUUAGCAAACGUCUUGACGGACACGUACACGCCUGCUUCUGUUAAUAAGGCAAUAACAAUUACAUUUGGCUACAACACCAAGAGCAGAGAGCACUACGGAUUGAUGAUGUACCACAAAAACCGUCUCAUCAAAGCCUAUGAGCGUGUCGCCUGUCAGCGCAAGGCCGAGGGAAGAGCAGUGGGAGUUAUCGGGGUGAUAGAGUGUAACCACCUCACACCAACUCACAGCAAGCAGGACUUUGAUGAUACUGAAGAUUACAGGAAAAUCUUAAAGAAUGUAGGUAAGAAGCUCGAGGAAUAUUGGAAGCAACAGGUAUAUGCACCUGAGCUUAAACCUAACUGCACUGAGGAUACUGUGAAGCAACCAGAUCAAAACUGUAUUCAGUGUGAUAAUUGUCUGAAGUGGCGAAAACUUCCAGAUGGCAUCGAUCCUAAAAAGCUCCCUGAGAAGUGGUUCUGCCGCAUGAACGCUGACCCGCAAUUCAGGAGUUGUACAGAUGAAGAAGAGCCUGAGGUUUAUGAUGAUGAACAACCCAGAAACCAGAAAACCUACAAACAACAUGAGCGAAACCAGAAGUUGCAGCAGGAGAACUGGAAGCAGGUGAUGACAUGAUGUUUUAACAAGGAUUGAGAAAAAAACACUAAAUGGUAGUGAUGAGAUGCACUUUGUACAUAGGCUAGAUAGGUUUUUUUGUUAUAAAUUACCUGUAGCAAAAAGAG